AUGGCGGACCGCCACCAUUACGCCGUGUCCUUUCCUGAUACUAAAACACCGCCCUCCUCGCGACAGAUCGUGACCGCCAGUCUUUCUAGUGAUGCUGCUAUUGAAUCUGCCCUUUACUUAAGCUUAGCUUACGCAUACUUUUACCGCCUUUAGGUGUGCUGUUACGCAAUGCUGAAGUCGCAUGUUUGAAGGCAGCAUUGAAGGCAGGUGCAAAUCCACGCACGUGUAGCACCUACCCCUUGAGACGUAUAUACCUUCCCAACUCAUCCGAUAGAAUCAACCAGAUAAGCAAAUCAGCAAAAAGACGUUCUCACCCACUCGCUUGGUCCAUGUACUCACCGAUACUCCUGAAUCCUAUAGUGUUUAUAUAUAUACAUUCUACGAGCCAAAGAAUGUCAAUAACAUAUAU